AUGUUUAUCCACGCUGUUUAUCCUUCUAUAACUGCAUCAUCGUCUUCUUUUGCAUCCAACCGCAUUGCAUUCCCGCCUUCGCCACCACAGUCGCCACCAAAACAACACUACCUAUCAUCUUCACCAACAAAACAUCUCAACAGCUUAAUGUGGCAAUCCACAUGGCACGUUGUACAGUCCAUGGCAUCAUCACAUCAUGACAACACCAAUGGCCAUAAUAUUGUCCUUCUCGAUACCCACCAACCUGUUUCAUACAUCACCAGCACUCUUGAUCCACUGUUCCACGGACGUUCAUCAAUACAACAACACGACACAUCAAAAGAGCACAAAGCUACUAAUGUUGGUGUCUCAUCCCGCUCAAUUGACCAUUUUCGGCAGUUUGCCAAGCUCAAUGAAAAGUUUGCCGAUCAAAUCGUUGAGCGUUAUCGCUCUGAUGACGAUAUAAUUUUGAUCCAUGAUUAUGCUUUAUUACUGUUGCCUGGAAUGCUUCGUCAGCGAUUGCCACAAGCUACGAUAGCAAUCGUUAUCAACCAUCGUUUUCCUAUUUUGGAUAGCCGACUAUCAGAACACCGACAAAUGAUCCAAAGCAUGCUUGCAGCCGAUCUAGUUGCAUUUCAGAUGCAACGCGACAUUGACGCAUUCACCGCAUCAGCCCGUGGUCCAGUUCCUUUUUGUUGCCUGCUCAAACCUACUGCACACAUUAUUCGUCCAAUUCACAAUCCUUCUCCUUCCACCAAGACGACCAUUCUUUGCCACAAUAUCGACAAUCAACCCUCGCUUUUUCCUAUCAUUCACCAAGCAGCUAUCAACAACAGCGAUACCACCUUUAUCUAUAUCACCACCCAACUUCCAACAACAACCAUCACCACGACCACCGUAAACAACAUUCGCAUCAUCAAUCAUAAGACCAUGACUACCGAGGAAUACAGCAACUUGCUUGCAGCUGCUGAUGUUGCAUUGAUCAUGGGCCAUGAUACUACUGCUACCAUUGCUGCACAAGCCUUCUUGACAACCAAUACCAAAAAUGCACCUUUGGUGGUAUCACCUGGCAACCCCCUUGAACAGCAUGCCUCACUCAUAGUGGAUGCUGCCAACAACCCUGAUACCUUUGCUCGUGCUUUGAUACAACCAUUAUCACCACGAUCACCUUUUGUUAAUGACACAAGAAUGUCUACAACAACGCUUGCCAACCGUUUGGGCUCUGGAGAAUUUAAACACAAGACUCCUCUCUUGAACGUAAAUUUGAUGACACGCGCUUAUCAAGAUGCACAACGACGUCUAUUUUUAUUUGACUACGAUGGUACCCUAACACCCAUCGUAUCCAAUCCCGAUGACGCCAAACCAACACCUGCACUACUUCAUCAUCUCCAAACACUAUGCAAUGAUCCUCGCAAUACUGUAUGGGUAGUGAGUGGUCGUGAUCAAGCCACCCUUGAAUCAUGGUUAGGGAAACACGUACGUGGAUUAGGAUUGAGUGCCGAACACGGCUCGUUUAUGAAGCAACCCGAAUCCGAGUGGAUCAACAUGUUGGCACAACACGGCGAUUCGAUGGCUGCUUGGCAGAGUACAGCUCUUGAUGUAUUUCAACGCUUCACCAUGGAGACACCUGGCACCGUUGUUGAGCAAAAGAAAGCAUCCAUCACAUGGCAUUAUCGAAAUGCAUUGGAUCCACAACAAGCCCUCGCUCAAUGUGAAGCAUGCUACCAAGCACUUCAACAAGCCAUUGAUCCAAGCCAUGUCGACAUCUUGCGUGGCAAAAUGAAUCUCGAAGUACGAUCAAGACUUGUCAACAAGGGGAAUGUGGUCAGUCGUAUCAAGCAAAGUGUAAACCCCGAUUGGAUCCUUUGUGCUGGUGAUGAUCGUACCGAUGAAGACAUGUUCAAUGCUUUAACACACGCAUCCGCUUGGUGUGUACACAUUGGUCCUCAAGAAAAGGAAACAGCGGCAAAAUGGUCUAUCGCAUCAAGUGAACAAUUUGUUGAUUGUAUUGGCCAAUUGUCCUCAGCUCACAAGACAAUGAAUCGUCCAGCAUUAUAA